UGUUUCUGCUCAUUCGAUAACUCAAAUCGGUACACAGAGACAUGGAGAAAAUUUCUCCUACUUUAUAAUAUUUAUUUAUAACGUAAGCGCAUAUUAAUGUAAGCAAAUAAGGCCAAGUUGUACUACAUAUGGAAGAGGAAUUUGAGAUGGAACAACAAGACAAUGAAGACAUCGUUCAAAAUCAGGAGACAGCUCCUCAAGAGAGUGUCAAGACAUUCGCCUGGAGGAACAUAGUUGCCUUUUGGUUCCUUGGGCUAUGCAAUAACUUUGGCUAUGUGGUGAUGUUGAGUGCAGCUCACGACAUCCUCAAACAAGAAGAACAUCAGGGAAACUCUACUGUAGCCCAUAGCGGCUUCAACAAGUCCAACCAGUAUGACUGCAAUCCUAUAUCAACAGGGGCCAUACUUCUUGCUGACAUCUUACCUGCACUGACAGUAAAGAUGACAGCUCCUUACUUCAUCCAGUCUAUACAUUACAGCAUAAAAGUAGCUGGUGUUGUGCUGUUUGGUGCGGCAAGUUUUCUAAUCGUGGCCUUCUCACACACGGUGGAGAUCAGUGUUCUAGGUGUUGCCUGUGCCAGUAUAGCAUCAGGACUAGGAGAGCUGACGUUUCUAGGACUGACGUCUUUUUAUCACAGGUCAUCUGUGUCUGCUUGGUCAUCAGGAACAGGUGGUGCAGGUGUGGGUGGGGCUCUCUCUUACGCCGGCCUUCUGCAGAUCGGAGUCUCAGCCAGAAACUCCCUUCUUAUCAUGCUCGUCGUGCCUUUUACUCUGUCUAUUAGUUUUUGGUUAAUCCUGGAGAAGAGAUGGGCCAAACCUGUGAUCUCCAGCCCAGUGGCAGACAGAGAACCUUUGUUAGCUGAGUCUGAUGGUAGACCACCUCCUGCCAGACAAUCAGUUUCAGGGCCAAACCUUUCUCUUGCGCAAAAGUUUCAACUUGUAAAGCCUCUUGUGUGUAAGUACAUGGCCCCCCUGUUCCUGGUGUACGUAGCCGAGUACUUCAUAAACCAGGGACUGUUUGAGCUCAUCUUCUUCAGAAACAUCUGGCUCAGCCACUCCGAGCAGUACAGAUGGUUCCAGGUGAUUUACCAGAUCGGAGUGUUUAUCUCGCGCUCUUCCGUCAGUAUCGUGCAGAUCCACGCGCUGUGGCUCCUCGCUUUCUUCCAGUUUGUGAAUGUUGGGCUGUUCCUGUUGGAGGUGCUACACCCCUUCCUACCCUCCAUCUGGAUAGUGUUUGCCAUGAUCCUGUGGGAGGGUCUGUUGGGGGGAGCCGCCUACGUCAACACUUUCUACAAAAUGUCCAAAGAGAUUGCAGAAGAGCACAGAGAGUUCUCCCUAGGAGUGACGUCCCAGGCAGACAGCUGUGGGAUCGCCGUCGCCGGUGCAAUAGCCAUUCCUGUACACAAUGUACUCUGUUCUCUGUAACCAGAAGCUACAAUUGUUGUCCUUUGUCUCUAUGGCUGGGCGGUUAUGCAAGUGACACGGGUUCGAUUCCCGGUAUUAACCUUAAAAACAUUAUUUUAACCGAAAUUAGUAAGUUUGGUAAAAUAUGCGUGUUGAAAAAAUCACGAACUCAUAGUUUCAUCGUAGAAUUGUUGCCAGCAAUAUUUUAGGAAAAGUCACCAAGUUUCGUUGUCCUAAGCACACGUCUUUUGGAAGUUAUACGACGUCAAAGUUGGUGCAGGCACUUUUUAAUCUAGGUAGGGUUAAACACUGUGGUCUAAGGAGGGGCACCUUACAUGACUUUCCCCACUCCAUCCAAGGGUGAAAGUGGGUAAAUGA